AUGCCUCCCAAAUCCGUCCGUCGAGGCGCAGCAGCAGCAGCAGGAGGAGGAACAGCUUCGCGAAAAACCACCAGCCAAGCCGAAUCAAACACUCCUACUGGAUCCGCCUCAUCCACACCCCAACCGUCCACAGCAGCCGGUACCCCCUCCACACGAGCACCCGUGCAGCGCCUCCAGACUUUGAAAAAGCGCACACCCUCCGGCAGUAUCGGGCCCGCCGCGAGAACUCCCGCCGCGACAACGCCGGGAAAUGGAGAGCCGGCCAAGCCGACGCUGAAAUACAAGCCUCGCGCCGUGGGACGGCGCAGCAAAGAAGAGCGAGAUGCGAUUGAGAAGCUUGAGGCGGAGCGGAAUCGGGAGCGAUUGGCUGAGGUUGCGGCCAUGCGGCGAGGACGGGGAAAUGCGCAGCGAGGCAGGGGAGGCCCCGGGCGAGGACGCGGGGGGCCUGGGGUUCCGCUUGGAGGCGGGCGACGAGGCCGUGGUGGGCGGUUUGAACCGGAAUCGCGAGCGUCGUCUAUGUCGCGGAGUCGGUCGGUUAUCGAUAUAGCUAGUGGUGCGGCUAGUCGCCAUGUAUCCUCGGACGAGAGUGAUACGGAGACUAUGCUUCCCAUUGACCAGAUCGAGGUCGAUAGCGAUGAGGAGUUGGAUGAUGUCGCAGAUAGCAAGAAGGGAAAGGUUCCCUUGCGGUAUGCGAACCGGGAGAAGGGCCUUCGGCCUGUUCGUGUUGAGCGCCGUGAGCACGAGGAACGUGUGGUCAGUGUCAACAUGGAGUCCAGCACGAGUAAACCCGCCGAAGCUGAAGCCAAGGCUGAGGAUGAAGUGGAGGAAGUUCGUGCGAGGAAGACAAGGCCCGAAGACGAUUCUCUCUUCGUGCGGGACGACGAUGAGAUUGAGCCUCAGGUGAAAGAGGAACCUGUUGACGAAGACCAGACAAUGACAGAUGCCGCUCCCCAUGUCGGUGAAGCAACGCACGAUGAUGGCUUUCUUCCAGCACAAAAGGUCAAAGUUCGCAGACGACUAAGUCCCAAGUCUCCCGAGUCGGAACCCGCACCCGCACCCGCACCUCCAUCCAAACCUGCUGUGGCUAAAGACCCGAGAAGCUUGCUGCGCACAAAGGAAGACAUUGAAGAAUAUGAGAGACAUACCAAGGAUCUUGAGGCCAUACUGGAGCUCCUUUCCGUCGAGCCCAAAGAGCCCAGCGCAGAGCGAUUGGAGCUGGCCGAAGCGGCGGCGGACUUGACAGAAACACCCGAAACGGCAGUGAGUGACAAAGAGAAAGAAGAGAAAGCGGAGGAUGAGACUAAAGAUAAACUGGCGGGCCAACUGUUCCUCAUGCAGUUCCCUCCCAUGACACCCAACCUUAUAGUCCCGGGCACUGGCGGCAGCACGGAGGAAGCAACUACAGAAGACACACAGGCUGUCCCCGGGGCCACGCGAUCAGGCGAAGCCGCCGUUAAGCUUGAGAGCGGCGAAGUGGAGAUACUGGACGAAGCGGACGGAGCCACAAACAAAGAGCCGUCGAAGAUCCUCACCGCGGCGGACUGGCAGCUUCGCGCCGGACGGGUCGGGAAGCUGAACGUUCACAAGUCGGGCCGAGUCACGAUGGACUGGGGCGGGAUCAGCUUCGAGCUCGACCGGGCUACAUCGGUAGACUUCCUCCAGGAGGCUCUCAUCGUCUCGGCACCGGAAGAGGGUAUCCCAGAGGAAGAGAACCGGGUAUGGGCUAUGGGGCAGCUCAGUGGCAAGUUCACUGUCACGCCUGACUGGGGGAAGAUGCUUUGA